AUGGCGUCAUCACAACAGAAACAAGAACAAAAGCAACAGCAAACCACGAUACCUGACUACAUUGACUCUGCGGCCACAUCCGCCUCCAAUGCAACAUGGGCCAUAGUUCCACGCUCAACCACCAGCCUCGACGAAGGAUGGCACCAUUUCGCGUAUGCAGAUCUUGCUCGCGCAGUGGACAAUAUGUCGCGCUGGAUUGAGAAGACUUGUGGUGUUGCAAAACAAACCGGUCAGACGAUUGGAUACAUGGGCGCAAAUGAUCUGCGGUAUCUUGUAGUGCUCGCAGCAAGUUUAAAGACAGGCUAUGUACCACUCUUCACGUCACCACGAAACUCGCUCGAUGGUCAGAAGUCACUCGUGGAAAAGACAGCAUGUGCUAUCUUCUUGAGUACAGUUGAGACGAUGCCACAAGUUGAGACCAUCCGUGAUGCAGUACCUAGUCUACGGGUUUAUCAGGCGCCCACCACGGCAGAGUUGCUUGAUCCAAGUCUCCCCGCUGAGCACUACUCUGGAAGACACAGCCGCGACGUGACGGCCCACAGUCUGAUCUUACAUACUUCGGGUUCAACAGGUCUGCCGAAGCCCAUUCACUUGACCGUUGGCGGCUUGAACUCCGCAUAUGAGCAAGCCCAACUCGGACAAGAAAGCGGCGUCGAGCAUGUCAGCAAGCCUUUCCUGGCCGACACGCGACCCAUGCUCGCGGCUGUACCCUUCUUCCACGCUAUGGGCAUCAUCGUCGGGCUGCGAUCCCUCAUGUGCCGUGGCUCUAUUGUACGAAUGCCAUCGGAAAAGAUGUUGACUGCAGGCUUGGUCAUAGAUGUGAUCGAGGCUAUCAAACCCACCUCUGGCAUCUUCCCGCCAUCAGUACUAGAAGAUAUCUCGGCCACGCCUAAGGGUAUCGAAGCACUGGGCAAGAUGGAGACUGUCUUUUUUGGUGGCGCUCCUCUCGCUGUAGAAAGUGGCGAUAAGAUUUGUCAUGUGACGAAUCUGAUGACUGUCAUCGGCAGCACGGAAGCCUUGCUAAUAAAUACACUCAUACCAUCCGUACCAGAGGAGUGGGGUUACUUCCACUGGAGCGCCUCCGCGGGCGUGGUCAUGGAGCCCGCCGAGAGCGACCUGUUCGAACUUGUCAUCAAACCGAAAGACACGCGUUACCAGACAAUUUUCCACACUUUCCCCACGAUAGAGGAAUGGCGUACCAAGGAUUUGUUCAGACGUCAUCCUUCGAAGCCUUACCUGUGGAAGUACAGUGGAAGACGAGACGACAUUAUCGUGUUAAGCAAUGGAGAAAAAGUUAACCCUGUGCUGUCGGAGAAGCUGCUCGAAUCACAUCCGUGGGUUAAGGGUGCCCUCGUUGUUGGUCAGGGUAAAUUUCAGGCUGGCCUUCUCAUCGAACCAGACUGGUCGCAAGCCGGCACACAAGAUCCUUCCGCGCUGGUUGAUCACAUCUGGCCGAUGGUAGAACAAGCGAAUCGUGAAGCGCCUACCCACGCACGAAUCUACCAAACCAAGAUCGCCGUUGCGAAAGACCAGAAGCCAUUCAAGCGCGCUGCAAAGGGCUCGAUCAUACGUCUUCAGACAGUUGCAGCUUUCAAAGAUGAAAUCGAAGCUCUCUACGCCGAUGAAGGGUACUCAAGCGAUACUGACCAGGGGACUGACAGUGACGUCGCACUAGAGAGUAAGAUCCACGCUGUCUUCGCGCAUGCUCUGCCUUCUUUCCAGGACGACACAGCCAAUGAUGUGGAUGUCUUUAGUCUUGGUGUCGAUUCUCUGGAUGUUCUGGCACUUACCAAUGCGCUUAACAAGGCCGUUCGUGGCACCAAUGUGACUGCCUCGACGGUCUACAGUAACCCUACGGUCAAACAACUAGCUGCAGCGCUGUCGCAAAGCGUGAGCAAGUCGAAUGUGCAGCAUGCUUCACCGCCUACCCGAGAAGAGAAGCUCAGCGCUAUGGUGAGAAAGUACACCAAGGACAUGGUUCGACCCAAGAACAUAGCCGAGGCACCGAAACGACCAUCGAAACAGACUGUCAUUCUCACCGGCUCCACGGGUAGCCUUGGCAGCCACAUCCUGGAGCAGCUGCUAAAAGGUCCUGAUGUCGAGAGAGUAUACUGCCUAAAUCGUUCAGACAGCGCAGAGACACGACAGAAAGAGUCCUUCAGCAAACACCAUGACCCGAAUGUCGAGUUCAGCAAGGCUCACUUCUUCAAGACAGACUUUGGCGUCGACAACUUCGGCCUCUCAGAUACUACGUACAAGCAUCUUCUCUCUACAGCCACAACAUUCAUUCACUCUGCCUGGUCUGUUGAUUUCAAUCUCUCGCUCGAAUCCUACGAGAGCACGCACAUCGCAGGGACCUAUCGUGCCAUAAACUUCGCACUUGCCUCCCAAUACAAGACGCCUGUCAUCUUCAUUUCAUCGAUCGCCAGCGUCGGGAAUUGGGGAAGCGUCGCACAAGAUGGCUCUGGCGUACCAGAAUCUAGCACAACACUCUUCGACAGCACGAUCACGCUACCGCAAGGCUAUGGAGAGUCCAAACACGUUACAGCUGAGAUAUUAGCCACAGCAUCACAUCGCCUGGGUAUCAAGACCGCCAUCAUCCGCGCCGGUCAACUUGCAGGACCAAGCACGCAGGCAGGUGGUGCAGCAUGGAAUCGACACGAGUGGCUACCAACCAUCGUGCACACGAGCAAGGUGAUGAAGAAGUUGCCACGCACGUUGGGUAAUAUGGACCGAGUGGACUGGGUACCCAUGGAUAUCGCAGCAGGAACUGUCAUCGACAUCGCCAAUGCGACGUACUCGGAAGAUGAGCCUACGCAAGUCUACCACCUCGCCAACCCGCAUACAACCACAUGGAAAGAACUUUACCCAGUAAUCCAGGACUUCUUCAAGCAGGAGGAUAAUACCGACAUGGAGAUUGUCGAGUACAAUGACUGGGUCGAGGAGCUCGCGCGUAUACCACAGACAAAAGACAACGCAGAGCGGGUUCCUGGGAUUAAGUUAUUGGAUUUCUACCAGAGUCUGCGGUUAGAGGGUAUGGGGAUGCCUACGUUGCAGACGCGACGGGCCGAAGCUGUCAGCUCUACAUUGCGCGAUGGUAGCGCUGUACAUGCAGGAGUUGUUAAGAAGUGGCUUGAGCAGUGGGCAUUCUAA